CAGUGAGUGGUUUUGUUUUGUUUUAUUUUAGCAGUGAGUGGUUUUAAAAUGAGGGAAAGGAUCAGAUUUUGAAUUUUAAAAAAUUCCUCCAGCAUUGGGUAGGUUGGAGGUGGAAAGGAAUGAAGUAUAGUGACGGGGACAGAGCUGCCCUGGAAGCUGCCUUCCGUCUUAGUCUAGUCUUCCGGCGCUGCACAUAGCAAUCACUCAAUAAAUACCCCGGGUACUUCAGGCCAUAGUUCUCUUACAGGGUUGCCCGCCAUGGGAGCAGGAGAACAUACUCGCGCAUGCGUCCUCGCCUCCAAUCUUUUGCUAGACUACGCCAGAGAGCCUACCCUGCAGUGGGUUUCCUCUUUUUCACCCAAUCAGACUAUCAGUGUCUUAUAACCUGGCGAAAGGAUAGUUUUCCACUCUCAAUUGGCCAAUCAGGUGGAGAUGUAGAAGAUGGGCAUCUGCAGUCACCACUGGGGAGAGGAUAAAAGGGAGGGGCUUCUUUGCCUCCCGGCGGAGCGGCGCGGGAAAGUAAUCGUUGUGACCGGGGGACUAAAGACUUUCGGUCUGAGGGAUUAUCGAGAAAGCCAAUGAAAGCAGGAAGGAGGCAGGGCUUCUCAGAAGGCUUGGCGCCCCGCUCCUAUCAGGAGAACUACGAUGACCCACACAAAACCCCUGCCUCCCCAGUUGUCCACAUCAGGGGCCUGAUUGACGGUGUGGUAGAAGCUGACCUUGUGGAGGCCUUGCAGGAGUUUGGACCCAUCAGCUAUGUGGUGGUAAUGCCUAAAAAGAGACAAGCGCUGGUUGAGUUUGAAGAUGUGUUGGGGGCUUGCAACGCAGUGAACUACGCAGCUGACAACCAAAUCUACAUUGCCGGUCAUCCAGCUUUUGUCAAUUACUCUACCAGCCAGAAGAUCUCCCGCCCUGGAGACUCAGAUGACUCCCGGAGUGUAAACAGUGUGCUUCUCUUUACCAUUCUGAACCCCAUCUAUUCCAUUACCACGGAUGUUCUUUACACUAUCUGUAAUCCUUGUGGCCCUGUCCAGAGAAUUGUCAUUUUCCGGAAGAAUGGAGUCCAAGCCAUGGUGGAAUUUGACUCUGUGCAGAGUGCCCAGCGGGCCAAAGCCUCACUCAAUGGGGCUGACAUCUAUUCUGGCUGUUGCACUCUGAAGAUUGAGUAUGCAAAGCCUACACGUUUGAAUGUGUUCAAGAAUGAUCAGGAUACUUGGGACUACACAAACCCCAACCUCAGUGGACAAGGUGACCCUGGCAGUAACCCCAACAAACGCCAGAGGCAGCCCCCUCUCCUGGGAGAUCAUCCCGCUGAAUAUGGUGAGGGCAGGGGGUUCCCUUCCGUGGACUCCCGUGGCUCAUGUGCCCCUGCCCGCCGUCCGCCGCGCAAAUUCUCACCCGUCCUCCCUCUCUUUCCUUCCCACCCCCCAGGAGGGCCCCACGGUGGGUACCACAGCCAUUACCAUGAUGAGGGCUACGGCCCCCCCCCACCUCACUACGAAGGGAGAAGGAUGGGCCCACCAGUGGGGGGUCACCGUCGGGGCCCAAGCCGCUACGGCCCCCAGUAUGGGCACCCCCCACCCCCUCCCCCACCACCCGAGUAUGGCCCCCACGCCGACAGCCCUGUGCUCAUGGUCUAUGGCUUGGAUCAAUCUAAGAUGAACUGUGAUCGAGUCUUCAAUGUCUUCUGCUUGUAUGGCAAUGUGGAGAAGGUGAAAUUCAUGAAAAGCAAGCCAGGGGCCGCCAUGGUGGAGAUGGCUGAUGGCUAUGCUGUGGACCGGGCCAUUACCCACCUCAACAACAACUUCAUGUUUGGGCAGAAGCUGAAUGUCUGUGUCUCCAAGCAACCAGCCAUCAUGCCAGGUCAGUCAUACGGGUUGGAAGAUGGGUCCUCCAGUUACAAAGACUUCAGCGAAUCAAGGAACAAUCGAUUCUCCACCCCGGAGCAGGCAGCCAAGAACCGCAUCCAGCACCCCAGCAACGUGCUGCACUUCUUCAAUGCCCCACUGGAGGUGACUGAGGAGAACUUCUUUGAGAUCUGCGAUGAGCUGGGAGUGAAGCGGCCAUCUUCUGUCAAAGUAUUCUCAGGCAAAAGUGAACGCAGCUCCUCUGGGCUGCUGGAGUGGGAAUCCAAGAGUGAUGCCCUGGAGACACUGGGCUUCCUGAACCAUUACCAGAUGAAAAACCCAAAUGGGCCAUACCCGUAUACUCUGAAGUUGUGUUUCUCCACCACUCAGCAUGCUUCCUAAUUAGGUGCCUAGGAAGAGUCCCAUCUGAGCAGGAAAACGUUUCUCUUUCCUUUAUGCCAUUGUUUUGUUUGUUUGGGUUUUUUUCGCAAAAGUUCUUGUAUUCCUUUUUUCUUAAUGCUAGGUUACUAGAGGCUUACCCAUAAUGGAAAACGCUGGAAGUCUGGAGGGGGAGGGAGAGGGUAACUGAAAUCUCCCAAGAUUAACCUUCACUUUUUAAGAAUUAUUGUACAUGUGAUUUUUUUUUCCUGUUCAUACAUUUGUGCUGCACAUGUACUCUUGGCACAUUUCAAUAAAAUUGUUUGGAAAAUAAACAGCAUUUGCUGGGA